AUGGCCUACGUCGCCCCGAUUCACCGGCCGAGCAGCGUGCGGCAUGCUCUGCGCAUCAACCUUUUGUCGCCUGAGGAGGAGAGCUUGAUUAUUGCGAAGACGAAUCGCAUAGAAAUAUGGAAGCUCGCCGACGGUCAUCUAUCCAUGAUCCAUUCCAAGGUCAUCAACGGGACCAUCACGAUUCUCCAAAAGCUUCAGCCCAAAGACCACCCGACCGACCUUCUUUUCGUCGGCACCGAUCAGUUCGAAUAUUUCACGGCAGAAUGGGACCACGAAACCCAACAACUAAAAACCUUGAACCGAUUUAGCGAUCCGGGCGAGCGCCACAUGCGCGACUCGCAGAGCCAGGACAAAUGCAUCGUCGAUCCCAGCGGGAGGUUCAUGGCCAUGCACCUAUGGGAGGGCGUCCUGUCGGUCUGGCGGCUGGGCAAUCGGAAGAGCACGGCGACGACACUCGACAUAUUGGUACAAGUGCGCCUGUCCGAGCUCUUCAUCAAGGGCAGCACCUUCCUGUACACCGAGACAGGCAUCCCCAAGGUUGCCUUCCUCUACAGAAAUCAGGCCAAUUCCAAUGAAACCAAGCUGGCGACGGACCGGGAGAUCGACGCAGAUGUGGAAGACCCAGGUGCGGGCAUACUUAUUCCGGUCAAAAAGGUCGAGGAGGAGGUUAAGAGACAUCAUUUCCGUAACACGGAACAAGCAAAGCCACAUGUCGGUGGUCUAAUAGUGAUCGGUGAAACGCGGCUGUUAUACAUCGACGAAGUGACCAAGACGCAGGUCGAGUCUGCCCUCAAGGAGCCCUCGAUAUUCGUCGCUUGGGCCGAGUAUGACCCCACACACUAUUUCCUGGCUGACGACUAUGGAAACCUACACUUACUCACCAUUCUGACCGAGGGCGCAGUGGUCACAGGAAUGGAUGUUUCCAACAUUGGCAGGACGGCCCGCGCCCACGUCUUGACGUACCUGGGUGACGACAUGCUGUUUGUCGGUUCACACUACGGCAACUCACAGCUUUACCGGCUCAACCUCCUCAACGAGGAUCUCAAUGAAAUCCUGCAACUGGUCCAGGUGCUAGAGAAUAUCGGUCCUAUUACGGAUUUUACCAUUAUGGAUAUGGGGAAUCGAGAAAACGACAGUCAGCUGGGCAACGAGUACUCUUCUGGCCAAGCCCGUAUUGUCACAGCAAGUGGUAUCUUCAAGGAUGGAACCUUGCGAAGUGUACGGAGCGGUGUCGGUUUACAGGAUAUUGCGAUCCUGGGUGAGCUGCAGCACACUCGGGCGCUCUUCUCCCUCCAAUCUUACAACUCCUCGCGCGCGGAUACGCUAGUCGCGUCCUUCUUGACUGACACACGAAUAUUCAGGUUCGACCCUCACGGAGAGAUUGAGGAAGUCGCGGACUACUGCGGGAUGGACCUGCAGCAUCAGACACUACUGACGACGAAUCUCGACAAUGGGCAACUGCUCCAGGUAACCACAGCUGCCGCUACUCUCCUUGACGCGGAAAGCGGAGUCACGAUAGCAUCGUGGGCUCCUGAAGGCGACAGGCAGAUCAUCAAUGCUUCAGCCAACAAACACUGGCUGCUCUUGUCCGUUCAAGGCACUACCCUGGUCUCCAUCAACAUUGAUAACGACUUGACGGUUGUGCAAGAGAAGGACGUCAGUGAACAGGAUCAGAUAGCCUGCAUCCACGUGGCGCCCCAGUUAUCGGAUGUGGGUGUGGUAGGAUUUUGGACGUCUGGAACCGUGUCCAUCAUCGAUAUGAGCACCCUGGAGCCCAUACACGGCGAAUCUCUCCGUCGCAGUGCAGAUGAUGCUUCCAUCCCUCGCGAUAUCGUCUUGGCCAAGGUGCUGCCUAAUACGCCCGGAAUGACCCUGUUCAUCGCCAUGGAAGAUGGAAACGUGGUCACGUUCAACAUUGGCGAGGAUCUGACCUUCUCCGGACGAAAGAGUGUCAUCCUUGGCACCAGGGAGGCCCGCUUCCAUUUGCUGCCACAGCAAGAUGGCAUCUACAGCAUCUUUGCGACGACUGAGCACCCUAGUCUGAUAUACGGAUCAGAAGGGCGGAUCAUCUACUCAGCUGUGACGGCUGAAGACGCUACCUGUGUCUGUCCCUUUGACUCUGAGGCUUUCCCGGGAGCUGUCGUCCUGUCUACUGAGACUGAGAUCAAGAUUUCCGAGAUUGACACGGCCAGACGGACGCAUGUGCGAUCUUUGGAAUUGGGAGAGAUGGUGCGUAGAAUUGCCUACUCGCCUAGUGAAAAGGGUUUCGGACUUGGGUGUAUCAGAAGAGAGAUGGUCAACGGCGAGGAGAUCAUCCAAAGCUCAUUCAAGCUGGUCGAUGAGAUCCUGUUUGCGAGGGCUGGCAGGGAGUUCAGGCUCGGAACAUCAUCCUAUUCCGAACUAGUAGAGGACGUCAUCAGGGCAGAGCUGCCUGACUCCUACGGAAAUCUUUUGGAGAGGUUCAUCGUUGGUACGAGCUUCCUGGAGGAUCCCGACCGUGGCGCAGGUACGGACAAGCGCGGUAGGAUCUUGGUGUUUGGGAUUGACAGCAACCGGGAUCCGUACUUGGUACUCAAGCACGAACUGAGAGGAGCCUGCCGCGCUCUGGCCGUCAUGGGAAGCAAAAUCGUAGCUGCACUCCACAAGACAGUGGUUAUCAGCCAGUAUGAGGAGACGUCGAGCACCGAGGCUCGUCUCGUUAAGCUUGCCUCCUAUCGAUGCACUACUUAUCCAAUCGACAUUGCGGUGCAUGGCAACAUCAUCGCUGUCGCUGACAUGAUGAAGUCGGCUACCUUGGUCGAGUACGUCCAGGCUAAAACCGAAGAGGAGAAAUAUGAACCUGCAAAGUUGGUGGAGUGCGCAAGACACAGGCAUUCAGCCUGGGCGACGGCUGUGGCCCAUGUCGAGGGCGAGUCUUGGCUUGAAGCCGAUGCCAAUGGCAACUUGGUGGUGCUUCAACGUAAUGUUGAGGGUGUGACGGCGGAGGACCAGCGUCAACUAAGGAUAACGAGCGAGCUCAAUCUGGGAGAACAGGUGAACAAGAUACGCCCGAUCAAGGUCGAGACCAGUCCGAACACUAUUAUCAUCCCUCGAGCGUUCUUGGCUACGGCCGAAGGCGGUAUCUACUUGUUUGGCACAAUCGCGCGUGAGCAGGACCUCUUGCUUCGGUUCCAGGACAAACUGGCGGCGGUGAUCAAGACGGUCGGUGAGCUCGAUUUCAACUCCUACAGGGCAUUCCGUAAUGCGGAGAGGGGACCCGAGACAGAUGGAACGACUGGGCCGGUCAGGUUCUUGGAUGGGGAGUUGUUGGAGAGGUUUUUGGAUGUGGAUGAGACGACGCAGAAGGAGAUCUGCGAGGGUCUCGGGCCGAGUGUUGAGCAGAUGCGCAAUAUGGUCGAGGAGCUACGGCGGAGUGCAUUGAGUAAACGAUCGAGAAAUUUGCUUCGAUAA